AUGACCUUGCUGGACUUGUGGCUGUCGCGCUCCAUCCCCAUGUGCCUGCUCCUUCAGAGCCUUGUCCUCAUGGCCCUGUGCUUCCCCUCGGCCAGCAUGUGCCCAAAGGGCUGCAUCUGCCAACGCGACCCCCACCUCCAUGGCCUCAACGUUACCUGCAGUCAGUCCCGCCUCAAAGAGAUCCCCCCCAGCCUCCCUGUUGAUACAGUCCUGCUGAGGCUAGACCACAACCAAAUUGGAGCCGUGCCUGAUCAAACCUUCCAUGGACUUAGGCUUUUGAGGGAGCUGAAUCUUUCAUACAACGCUGUGGAGACUUUGGGCGAAGCAGCUUUCAGUGGCAUAGAGGCGACCUUACAGGUGCUGGACCUCUCCCACAACCGUAUCACUAGCGUACACAAGGAUGCCUUUGCUCGGCUCAAGGCCCGCGUCAUUGUGGACGAUAACCCCUGGCAUUGUGACUGCGCCCUCCAGCAGGCCAUCAGUGGAAUGGCCCACAACCACGAGGCUGCUGCUAGGGUUCUCUGCAGGAGCUCUGAGCUUCUUGACCAGGAGGGAAGACCUUUCAUGGCAGUGGAUACUGACCUCUGUAACCUGGCCAAAAGGACCACAGACUAUGCUAUGCUGGUGACCAUGUUUGGUUGGUUUGCCAUGGUCAUUUCGUAUGUGGUGUAUUAUGUUCGACAGAACCAGGAGGACGCCCGACGCCACCUGGAGUACCUCAAGUCUCUUCCUAGCAAACCCAAGAAACCUGACGAGGCUGACGACAUUAGCACUGUUGUUUGA